UGAGUAUAGUACUGUAUUCGGUCAUGAGGAAGGUGAGGGAUCAGCCCAGAACUACACGGCAGGACCUUGUCAAUGACCUGGAGAGAGCUGGGACAACAGUCUCCAACAAAACCAUUAGUAACACUAUGCCGUCAUGGAAUAACAAAGUCCCCCUGCUCAAGCCAGCGCAUGUCCAGGCCCGUCUGAAGUAUGACCAUCUGGAUGAUCCAGAGGAGGAAUGUGAGAAGGUCAUGUGGUGAUUAGAUAAAAAUAGAGCUUUUUGGUCAAAACUCCACUCUCCGUGUUUGGAGGGAGAAGAAGGAUGAGUACCACGCCAAGAACACCAUCCCAACCAUGAAGUAUGGAGGUGGAAACAUCUUUGGGGAUGCUUUUCUGCAAAGGGGUCUGGACUACUGCAUCCUCUUGAGGGGAGGAUGGAUGGGGCCAUGUAUCAUGAGAUCUUGGCCUACAACCUCCUUCCCUUAGUAAGGGCAUUGAAGAUGGGCAGUGGUUGGGUCUUCCAGCAUGACAACGUUCUGAAACUCACAGUCAAGACAUCUAAGGAAUGGCUCAGUAAAAAGCAUCUCCAGGUCCUGGAGUGGCCUAGCCAGUCUCAAGACCUGAACCCAAUAGAAAAUCUUUGGAGGGAGCUGAAAGUCCGUAUUGCCCAGCAACAGCCCCGAAACCUGAAGGAUCUGGAGAAGGUCUGUAUGGAGGAAUGGGCCCAAAUCCCUGCUAUAGUGUGCAAACCUGGUCAAGAACUACAUGAAACGUUUGAUCUCUGUAAUUGCAAACAAAGUUUUCUGUACAAAAUAUUAAGUUAUGCUUUUCUGAUAUAUCAAAUACUUCUGUCAUGUAAGAAAAUGAUUUUUUUUUUUAAACCAUACAAUGUGACUUCCUGCAUUUUUCUUUUAGAUUCUGUCUCUCACAGUUGAAGAGUACCUAUGAUAAAAAUGACAGACCCCUACAUGCUUUAGAUUCCUCUGAAAAGCUGUCACCUUUCCAAAAUACCAAGCCUGCUUUCCAACCACCAGCACCAGCACCAACAACAACAGCAGCGGCUGGGCUAGCCAGAGAGCCCUCCUCAUCCUCACCUGACCUUCAUCACACACAGAGGAGGGGGCAGAGACAAUCCCUCUCAGUGCUGCCCAAAAGGAAAAAAAAAUACAAGUCUUUCCCCUACAAAGUGCUGACCAGGAUUGCCUUUCUCUGCCCCCAUUCAGUCCUUUCUCCUGGCUUCCAGAUACCCCACAAUAGCUGUCUAGUUGCCACCAAGUUCCACUGUAAAAGCCCCGCACCUUCACUCUGCCGGCAAGCAUUUGCUGAGACGUCUUUAGCAAGGUGAGGCUUGGAGGAGCCUCUCCUUUCCCUCCUAUUCCAAACAUGGACCCCAACGGGUGGAGUGAAGCUGGAAGUCCAGCUGAGAGCACAGGGGAUUUGGGAGAUUCCAUGGAGAAGAGUCUAGACAAUGAUGCAGAAGGUGUGUGGAGUCCGGACAUAGAACAAAGCUUCCAGGAGGCACUGGCUAUAUACCCGCCAUGUGGGAGACGCAAGAUAAUUUUAUCGGAUGAAGGCAAGAUGUAUGGACGAAAUGAAUUAAUAGCCAGAUAUAUAAAACUACGAACAGGAAAGACGCGUACAAGAAAACAGGUGUCUAGUCACAUACAAGUUCUAGCACGGAGGAAGUCACGAGAAAUCCAGUCCAAGCUUAAGGAUCAGGUAGCAAAAGAUAAAGCUCUGCAGAGUAUGGCAGCAAUGUCUUCGGCACAACUUAUAUCUGCGACAGCCAUGCAGAAUAAACUGGGGGUACCCAGUAUAUCACAGACCCCAUUCCCACCCUCUGCAGGGUCUCCUGACUUUUUCCAGUUCUGGCCUGGAGGACCUGGCCAGCCAAGAUCAACAGAGGAUGUUAAGCCGUUUUCCCAGCCUCCAUACCCCCUGCAGCCUGCUGCCCCCCCUCCUCCUGUACCAGGUUACAAUGCAACUUCUGCCAGCCUCUCCCCAACAGGGCCUGCGUGGCAAGGCCGCUCUAUUGGAACACCCAAACUGCGCCUUGUUGAAUUCAUGGCCUUUAUGGAACAACAAGGAGAACCUGAUGCAUAUAACAAGCAUCUGUAUGUACAUAUCAGCCAGUCAAACCCAUCCUAUAGCGAUUCGUUAUUGGAGUCUGUGGAUGUACGUCAAAUCUAUGACAAGUUUCCGGAAAAGAAAGGAGGACUUAAAGAACUCUAUGAGAAGGGUCCACCAAAUGCCUUCUUUUUGGUCAAGUUCUGGGCUGACCUCAAUACUAGUAUUCAGGAUGAGCCUGGUGUCUUCUAUGGUGUCAGCAGCCAGUAUGAGAGCCCUGAGAAUAUGACAAUCACAUGUUCCUCCAAAGUGUGUUCCUUUGGAAAACAAGUGGUGGAGAAGGUAGAGACGGAAUAUGCCCGAUUUGAAAAUGGACGCUUCCUUUAUCGCAUCCAUCGUUCACCCAUGUGUGAAUAUCUCAUUAACUUCAUUCACAAGUUGAAGCAGCUUCCUGAAAAAUACAUGAUGAACAGUGUGUUAGAAAACUUCACUAUACUACAGGUGGUUACAAAUCGGGACACCCAAGAACUUCUUCUUUGCAUAGCUUACGUUUUUGAAGUGUCCACCAGUGAACAUGGAGCUCAGCAUCACAUUUAUAGGCUGGUCAAAGACUGAGAAGUAAAGAACCCUUCCCCAUGACUCAGCCAUGUAGGACUUGGCUGUUAUUGGCAAUCUUGAUGGCAUCUCGUAUUCUCCUCGAACCUCUUAAACUUCUGGGAAAAGGAGACUUGGAAAAUGGGCAUGGGACCCUUAAGUGGAUGCAUGGACAUGAGGGGGAAGGGCCACAAAACCACAAAGACCUCACCCUAACAGAACCUUCUGUGUUAUGUUUUGAGCCAAAAGGAAUAUAUAUAUAAAUAUCUAUAUAUAAAUAUAAAUAUAUGUUUGUGUGUGAAACAGUUUCCCAACCAGGGAAACCAUGUUGAAGCCACAGCUGUCAUAAGGUGUUUUUGUUUAAUUUGUAAUGUUAUUUUUAUUUUUUACAUUGUGUUGCUGCCAAGUGCAUCAGUUCACGGUACGGCACCAAUUUAAGAGUAAGGUGUGGAAGACUAAGUGGGAUAGGAGACUCGUAUAAACACUCCUCUUCUUGCUUCAUUUUUUUAUUUUAUUUUUUAUUUUUAAUCCAGCUUCUUUGACCCCACUGAAAUGUAACUCCUGCACUUUCUGUGGUCGAAAAACCUUGUAGCUAUAGCCACCAUUUUUUAGUCCACUAAAGAUUUUUUUUUUUUUUUGUUAAUAGGCUUGCACAGUAUUUUUAAUCUGGUUCACUUUUCAACCUUGUGUUGUGUGGCCAGCUACUAAGACUAAAAUAUCAUAUUUAACAUAUCAGGGAGUACCGGAAAGCAAAUUCUACUGUGUGAGAGGUUUGGUGCACCAUCCAGCCUUAAGAGUGUGUGCAUUAAAUCUCCAUUGUGGACUUGUGAAGUUAUAUGGAAGUCAGAAGAUGGCAUAUAAUGUGACGUUCUACUUGCCAAGAACAUGUAAAUUUUUCAACGAAUAGCCAAGAUGUGAUUGAGUUUGGCCAUCUGGGCCUGGGGAUGUCUUGAGUAGAAGUGACAGACCAAUUGAAGUUCUACUUUUAAUUUUAAGAACCUGUAAGAUACUUAAAUGAGAGGAUUUCCAUUAGUGUCAUUGAGGAACAUCAUCCUGAAAAUAACUAAGGAGAGACUCUCCAGCCAUGAAGACUAUUUACUAAACAUGUUUUGUAUCGACCCGUUGGACUAUUGUUAAGUAUUGAAAGAAAUGUAUAGUGACUCUCACACUGGUGUCACAAAUUCAGUGCCUAAAACAAGAAUGAAAAAGAGACGUAUAUAUUUUUUGUAUUGAAAAGCCAACAUUAAGUGAAUUUUAUUUGUGCCAUAAAAAUUACAAAAUGUACUUACCUGGCAA